AUGGCGGUCAAUUUUCAGUUAUACUCCCCGGCGAUCAUUAGGGAAAACACUAAAUCAAGACUGGCUGUGGUUAGUGAUGGUCAAUUUCAACGUGGUCAAUCGGGACGCUUCCUACUACAUACUACCAAUGAAUAUAUUCCAGGAGGCCGACAAAUAAUUUCAAGGCAUCCUAGAUCCUUAAUUAAUCAACAAUUAUCUAAUAAUCGAACUGCUGGAGGAGAAAAUAUCCUAUUAAAGAGAUUCAGUGAAGUGAAUAUUUCGGAAAAGUCUCCUAAAGAGAAAUGGUUGGUACGCGACAACAAAGCAUGCGGAGAAAAAGAAUUGUGCUAUUCGGGUAAAGUGGCGGUUCAUUGCAAAGGCAAUCAGACUACUCGAAUACUCAAAGCAACUUACACAUGUGAGACAGAUAUUAAGCAUACGAUUCAUUGCGACGGAUUGCCAACCCAAAGGUGCGCGCGUCCAGAUGAUAACUUCGGAUUUGUCGAUAAAGUCACUCAGAUACAUUUCCAACGAAGUUAUAACGUUCCAAAUUAUCAUAAUUUCAACAAAUUCGCAUCACGAUCGGUCAGGAGUCCAACAAUAUUAUUUUGGCCAGCUUUUCAAGAUUUGACUCCACUGUGCGGCGUUUGCGGCCGAGCCCAGUUGAAGACGUCGUGCUCGCGCUUUAGGAGUAGGAUCGAGAUGGUGAUCGAGGCGCAGAGCGCGGCUACAUCGAGUGAGAGGACUCAGGAAGGAUCCCUUAAAUUGAAUAUUAAAGCUCCUGGUUUCUCGUACUAUAUAGGCUACUGACAAUACUGACCAUUCUGUAAUAUUUAUAAGUAUUAACGAACUAAUACACCUAAUACUACGAGUACUGAUCUCUCACUUUGCAUUGAGUACUGAUUGCCAGUACUAUUUUUCCGUAAGGGAUAUUCACUUUUCAAUAAUCUUAUCUCAUCUUGGUAUUUCUGUAAAUGGAAUAAUAAGAAAAGUCAAUUGAUGAUACUAACCUUUGCAUAGUAAUGUAAAUUUGCAAAAUGCAAUUAGAUUUUUUUAACAUAUGUCUAUGGUUUUCUCAUAGCAAUAGAUUUCACUCGUUAUUCUACAUGUAAAAAUAUUAAGAUGAGACCAUAAAGAAUGAAUACUUUUCGAGAUGUUUCAUAUCUUGCCUGAAAGUAUCGAAAUAUAACGUAAAAUAUCUCUGAAAAUAUCUACUUUUUUAAUAAAUUUACUUUAAUACUUUUAAAUGCAGAAUAGCUUGAAGAAUUGAUUUAUUUAAAAAAUUCAUAUUAUUCUAUUUAAAAAUUCAAAAUAUGCUUGUUAUGAUCUUAAUAAAGCAGCUUAAAUCACAUUUUUUAAAUUAAAAUGCAACCUUCUACCUACCAUACGACAUCAAGAAACGGGAUCUCAAUAUCUCACUUAAUUUACGAGAUAUUCAAAUACGUUAGUUAAAAUAUUUUAACUUAAUGAUUAGAACACCUUGUGUAAUACUCCCGCAGUGUUAUUUUUUCCCGUUACGCCUUUUCUUCUUCCUUCUCUCUAAUCAUCUCUCUAACACAUGUGCGCACAUACUUACAUAUUUUUUCUUUCUGGUAUAUUUGGAAAUUUAUAUAGAUACAUAUAUACACUACACUGUCAUAAAAAAAAAAACAGCAUUUUCAAUACAUUUUUUCAAGAUUUUCAUUACAGUUUGCGCUCGGUAAAAGGAGAUCUGUAAUUAUAGAAUAAGACUUUUGACGUAAUGUCACAUAUAAAGAAUAACAAUAUUUACAUUCAGUGAAACAAAAUGCUCAGUAAACAAUCAUGAUUAUUUCCUCUAACAAUGAUGAUUAUUUCCUCUAAUUAAAGCAUACUUUAAGAUGAAAGAUGUAGAAUAUUUCAAUAACUGAGCGCUUACUUAACCGCUGUGUUUCCUGAACGCCGCCGGAAAAGAUACUUUAAAUAUCGCAUGACUGCAUUUAUAUAAACAAUGCGGAUUACGUUGCGGACACAGUUACGUAUAAUAAAUACAUCCAACAUAAGUAGAAGAUAAUGUUAAAUAUAUAUAUAUACAAAUUAAUAUUGAUCGAGUUGAAGAAUAAUGGAGAAAAUAAUUAAAUCUAACUUGCACGGAAAUUCCGCCAAUUCUUGAAAUUUAUAACAUAAAAAGUUAGGUGUACAAAUUAAUUCGGUGCUUUUUUUCAUGAAACUUAAAGUUUAAUUAUAAAAAGUCAAGUACAAGUUUAAUAUUCGAAAUAAUUUCCAUUAUUUCCUAUGACUUUACUCCAUCUGUCGGGCAAUUGAUGAAUGCCCUUGUGGAAAAAACUUGGCGGUUUUGACUCCAUAAAAUUAUCGAUGCUUUUUCGGACCUCGUCAACUGUUUUAAAAUACGUAUCGAGAAUUUCCCGAACCAAUGUAUAUGGAUGAGAACUUUCGUCCCUUUCGCGGCACGUGGUCGAAAAUUAUCGUGUAGCAGAAUCGCCAGCCUAGUUCCAUCGCCGGUAAAAGGUCUUUCUACAAGUUUUAUGUGUCACAGCACCUUCACCCAAAACGGGACAAAUCAUUUCGGUAGACUGAGCAGCAUUUUCACUCAACUGGAACGCAGAAAGGAUGCAAUGCCUCAGAUGUUCCUUUUCGGACGACAUCGUGAUAACUACUGCUUUCUGAAGUUACGUCAGCAAGGCCGUCAACUAUUAUAAUGUUCCUUACAGCUUAAGGUUGUUAUUUUCAAAUCACCAUAUAGAGCGAGAAAAAAAUUUUAAUUUGAACCAAAGUUAUAAGACGUUAAAUGUAAAGGCAUCGAAUUAAUUUGCACACCUAAUAGUUUCGGACGUAUAAUUUAACCAAAUUUACGUGCCUUACGGCUUUGAUCGGGAAUACUUGAAAGUUCGUCAUUUACAUUUGAUCUAUAGUAAGUACCAAAAUCUAGUCUUUUCAUCUAUUAUAGAAAUAAGAACAAAAGAUACUAAUUAUAUAAUAUACAUAUAUAACGCGCACAAAUAUCACCUAAAGAUAAUUUUACAUUACAUAAUAAUAUAUAAUAAUAUAUGGUUCGUAACUGUACCCGCGUUGUCUACUGUUGGGUAUAUACUGAGUGAAACAACGAAUACGCAACGAACGUGAACAACGAAUGUAUUCGGAAAUGUAUACAUCUUAACUAAUACGAAAAGAAUGUUUGAUUCACGUUCGUGCCGAAUCGCUCGCGACAGGACAAAAGAAGUUCGCAAACACUCGGUUAGCUCUUGACUGUGAUUUGUUCGUAUUAUCUUGUAAUAUUUUUAGAUUCAAAAGUAGCUGAGUUCGGCAUUGUAAAUCGGAGACAUCGGUUUGCUCUUAAGAUUAUCUUAAGACAAUAUUUAGCCAAUGAAACAACUUUCCUGAAGCAACUAGAGUAAGUCAAUGCUUUCAAUUUUGAAUGGUAUUGACGCAGCUAAUAUAUCAAUCAGACGGAAGAGCUCAUUGAAUGCUUAGUGACAAUAGCUUUAAUUUGGCUACACGGAUUCAUGCUACGCAUAUGGCAGUGGCAUCCUGCAUUAAUGGUGAAAACUGUUUGCCUGUAUCUAGAUAAAAUUAUCUAAACAAUCAUCUAGACAAAUAAAUAGAUCAUCCUUAUCUUUAUCUAAAUGGGAAAAAUACAAAAUAUAUUCAUCUUCAUCUUAGGUAAUAAAAAACAUGUUAUCUCAUCUAAAAAUUAUCUGAAAUGUUAUAGUAUAUUCUGAACUCAUUUUUCGAUCAAAUGAAUGAAAUAAUAUGGAUCUAUGCGUUAAGCCCGUAUCACACUAGGGAUUGGAAAUUAGAUUUUAACGAAUCAACAAAUUUCGGUCUUGUCUCCUUUAGUUUGUUUUUUUCAGCUGCACGACUGAACUGGUACGAUAAGUUAGAGAAAGUUAGACAAAAUAUACUUGUCUCACUCAAACUUAUUGCACCAAUUGAACAAUAUAACUAAAGAGAACAGACGAUUUGUUUCAAUUGAUCAAUCCACUUUAAGUCCGUAUCAAACUGUCAACUGUGAGUGAGCAAUUAAUAAUUAUUGGUCUUUUUUGUUAGAUCCUUAAAUUUAGAGCGAUCAUGUUGACGAAUUACUUAACCGUUAUACCAUUUUAUGACCUACAUAAUUUUUAUUAUAAAUUUUUAUAGUCUCUCAUGAAAACAAUAUCAUCUAAAAAAUUAUCUAGAUAAGUAGCGCGACUUAUAUUUCAUCUAAAUAAAUCAAAAGCAAAAUCAUCUAAAAUGAAUUUUGUGGGUGUUUAUCUCAUCUUCAUCUAAAUGAAUUUGAAAUCAUCCAAGACAAAUACUGGUGGUGAAGGUUCUUAUGUCUCAUGCUCUGUGAGCCCUUGGAUUUGAUUGAUAUAUUUUCGCUUAAAAGUACAAGCAAAUAUAUAUUUUCACUUAAAAGUACAAGCAAAUGACAGCUGAAGGAGAAACGAGCGAACAACGAGUGAUUAUUCGAAUAUUCGCGUUCGAUGUUCGUUCGCUGUUCUUUCGCUCAUUGUAUACCCAACUCAAUAUAUUACUGGAAGUAUAUGUGGAUAAAAAAGAACUAUAAUAAUGACGCAGAGGCAGUGACUAAUUUGCUACGCAACUAACAAGCAAUAGAAUUAUAAUUUGAUUUUAAGUAAAAAUUUAAGAACGGUGCAAUGAUUGACAUUUAGAAUCAUCCGGUUGAGCGUGGAUAGAAACAAAUUAUUCGAAUCACAAAUGUUUUGCUUAUUAAUUUCUUUAAACACAAAUUAUGUUUUAACUGCAAGGUUAAAAAUCGAGUGAAUAACUUGAAUAUACUCUAACUACCAAUUGCACUACUGAGAGUUCUCAAUAUUAAGAUGAGAUUUUGAAGAAUGCGCAAACAUUGCAAUUCCGAAAAAAAUUACUGCCGCUUAAUUUUAUACUUAUUCUAAUAUUUCAACAUAAUUAGCAAAAAACAUUCGUCUUGAAUCGAUUUGAAUCCAGGUUUAAAUCCAUAAUAAUUAAGUGAACUAUACUCGCUUGAUAUUUAAUGUAAUGAUAAUUUUUUUAAUUCUUAACAAGAUAAUGAUAAUGAUAAUUUUUUAAAUUUUUAACAAGG